UAGCUUAUGACAGAGGGAGCUGUUUUCGACAACAACAUUUUAUUCAUUUGGGGGAUAUGUUUUGACAUUGAAGAAAUCACGUUUUGUUAUAUCGGUACAUGGUUAUGAUAGUUCUAAUGUAGUAAGGUAGGGUUAAGGAUACAGCUGUUCUGCUCGGAUAGGAAUAAUAACACAAUGGCGGAAGUGGAAGAGCAGGGCAGAAAACCCAGUGAGGAAUUCACAGAUGAGUCUGAGGAGGAGGACAGUGAGGAGGAGCCCAAGCUGAAGUAUGAGAGACUCUCCAAUGGGGUGACAGAAAUCCUGCAGAAGGAUGCAGCCAGCUGUAUGACCGUCCAUGACAAGUUUCUGGCUCUAGGUACCCACUUUGGAAAGGUCUUCCUUCUGGACAUCCAAGGAAAUGUAACUCAGAAGUUUGAAAUAAGUUCAGUGAAGAUCAACCAGAUCAGUCUGGAUGAAAGUGGAGAGCAUGUGGGCAUCUGCUCUGAGGAUGGGAAGGUUCAAGUAUUCGGCCUCUAUACAAGAGAGGGCUUCCAUGAGAACUUUGACUGUCCCAUCAAAGUGGUGGCAUUACAUCCUCAGUUCACCAAAUCUAACUACAAACAAUUUGUCACUGGGGGCAACAAGCUGCUUCUGUAUGAAAGAAACUGGCUGAAUCGCUGGAAGACAUCUGUUCUGCAUGAAGGGGAAGGCAUCAUCACUAAUAUUCAGUGGAGGGCGAACCUCAUCGCUUGGGCCAACAAUGUGGGAGUUAAAAUAUAUGAUAUCAGCACAAAACAGCGGAUUACCAAUGUGCUGCGUGACAAUGUUAGUCUAAGGCCAGAUAUGUACCCAUGUAGCCUCUGCUGGAAAGACAACACCACCCUCAUUGUUGGCUGGGGUACUUCUAUUAAGAUGUGUGUUGUAAAAGAACGAAAUCCUACAGAAAUGAGGGAUCUGCCCAGCCGUUAUGUGGAAAUAGUUUCUGCAUUUGAGACAGAGUUUUUCAUCAGCGGUCUGGCACCGCUGGCAGAUCAGCUCGUCACCUUGUUCUUUGUGAAAGAAAACUCUGAGCACAUGGACGAGGAUUUCCGUGCACGGCCUCGGUUGGACAUCAUCCAGCCUCUCCCAGAAAGCUGCGAGGAGAUCUCUUCAGAUGCGCUGACCGUGCGCAACUUCCAAGACAACGAGUGCAGAGACUACCGCCUGGAGCAUUCUGAGGGAGAGUCGCUCUUCUACAUCAUCAGUCCCAAAGACAUCGUUGUGGCCAAAGAGCGAGACCAGGAUGACCAUAUCGAUUGGCUGCUUGAAAAGAAGAAAUAUGAGGAGGCACUGAUGGCUGCAGAGAUCAGUUUCAAAAACAUUAAGAGACAUGACGUUCAGAAAAUCGGAAUGUCUUACAUCAAUCACUUGGUAGAGAAAGGAGACUAUGAUGGUGCUGCGAGGAAGUGUCAAAAGGUUCUUGGCAAAAACAUGGAACUGUGGGAGAAUGAAGUUUACAGAUUCAAGACCAUUGGACAGUUGAAGGCCAUCAGUCUGUAUUUGCCCAGAGGAGAUCUGCGUCUCAGACCAGCCAUCUACGAAGUGAUCUUACAUGAGUUUCUUAAAACUGAUUAUGAGGGCUUCGCCACGCUAAUCCGAGAGUGGCCCGGGGAGCUGUAUAACAACAUGACCAUCGUUCAGGCAGUCCUCGAUCACCUGAAGAUCGACCCCACUAACCGAACUUUGCUCACCACGUUGGCCGAACUGUACACGUAUGACCAGCGAUAUGACAGAGCCUUAGAAAUCUACCUGAAACUGAGGCACAAAGAUGUUUACCAGCUCAUCCACAAACACAACCUUUUUUCCUCGAUUGAAGACAAGAUUGUCCUCCUCAUGGACUUCGAUACGGAGAAAGCUGUUGACAUGCUUCUCGACAACGAAGACAAGAUAUCGACAGACAGGGUGGUGGAAGAACUAGCAGACAGACCCGAGCUUCUGCAUGUGUACCUCCAUAAACUCUUCAAGAGGGACCAUCACAAAGGCCAGAAGUACCACGAGAGGCAGAUUGGCCUGUACGCUGAGUACGACCGGCCAAAUCUCUUGCCUUUUCUGAGAGACAGCACCCACUGCCCUCUUGAGAAGGCUCUUGAAAUUUGUCAACAGAGGAGCUUUGUAGAGGAGACGGUUUUCCUGCUUAGCCGGAUGGGAAAUUGCCGACGAGCUCUGCAGAUGAUCAUGGAGGAGCUGGCAGAUGUGGACAAGGCCAUAGAAUUUGCCAAAGAGCAGGAUGAUGCAGAACUCUGGGAGGAUCUCAUCUCUUACUCCAUCGAUAAACCACCCUUCAUCACUGGCCUCCUUAAUAAUAUUGGGACUCAUGUGGAUCCCAUCCUGCUCAUCCAUCGCAUUAAGGAGGGCAUGGAGAUCCCAAACCUCAGAGAUUCACUAGUGAAAAUCCUCCAAGACUACAACCUACAGAUUCUGCUGAGGGAAGGAUGUAAGAAGAUCUUGGUGGCUGACUCUCUCUCCCUGCUCCAGAAAAUGCACCGGACCCAGAUGAGGGGAGUUAGAGUAGAUGAGGAAAACAUCUGUGAAUCAUGCCAUGCUACAAUAUUACCAUCAGAUAUGGCCAAGCCUUUCAGUGUGGUAGUGUUUCACUGCAGACAUAUGUUUCACAAAGAAUGUUUACCGUCCUCAGGAACUCUUCCUGGUGUGCAGUUCUGUAACAUCUGCAGUGCAAAGAGGCGAGGGCCAGGAAGUGGAAUCCUGGAGAUGAAGAAGUAACAGCGAUUUUUGCAUUCACAGUGUUAUUAUCGAUGCUUUUAUCCCCACUCUACCCGUUGCUUUCUCCAAGCUGUCAAUGAAUUAAUCAAUAAAUAUCACUUUCCCUCAGUCACUAGAUUGUACACUAGCAAAAAUGCAAAACAUUUAUAUUGGAUUGUCUCUGUAUAUUUACGUCUAACAACUGUAAAGUGCUGUAGUUCUGCCUGUCGCUAAUGUGAUUUGGUGAUGAAAUGUCUGCAAUGCCUGAAAAAUAAAAUCACACGAAAAC